CCCCCCUCCCCCCCUCCUCCUUCGUCUCGCUCGAAGCGAAUCCCGCCCUUUCACCUCCAUCGCCAAUCGAUCGGAGGGUCUGAAUUCGUCAUGCUGGGCCGUUCCCUUCCGCGCGUGGCCGCCCGGGCUUUCGCUCGCCAGCCUGUCGGCAAGUCCACGCGUGCCUCGUCCACCGCCGCCGGUGUCGAUGCCGCCAGCUCCCCCUUCUACCUCACCCUCACUGCCUCGCUCGCUACCGCCGCGGCUGCCGGUUCCGCCGCCUGGUACUACCAUCUCUAUGGCCAGGAGGCUUUCGCUAUGACCCCUGCUGAGGAGGGUCUGCACGCUACUCACUACCCCUGGGUUCACCAGCGCUUCAACAAGACCUUCGACCACGCUGCCCUCCGCCGUGGUUUCCAGGUUUACCGUGAAGUCUGCGCCAGCUGUCACUCCCUGACCCGUGUCCCAUGGCGCUCGUUCGUCGGUGUCAUGCACACCGUUGAUGAGAUGAAGACCAUGGCUGAGGAGAACGAGUACGACACCGAGCCCAACGACCAGGGUGAAAUCGAGAAGCGCCCCGGCAAGCUGUCCGACUACAUCCCCGCUCCCUACAAGAACGACGAGGCUGCUCGUGCCGCCAACGGUGGUGCUCUUCCCCCCGAUCUCAGCUUGAUCAUCAAGGGCCGUCACGGUGGCUGCGACUACGUCUUCAACCUCCUGACUGCCCCCGCGGGCGCCAGCGUUGCCGAGGGCAUGAACUUCAACCCCUACUUCCCUGGUACCGGUAUUGCUAUGGGUCGUGUCCUCUUCGAUGGUGUCGUCGAGUACGAGGACGGCACCCCCGCUACCACCUCCCAGAUGGCCAAGGAUGUUGUCGAGUUCCUGAACUGGGCUGCCGAGCCUGAGAUGGACGACCGCAAGAAGAUGGGUGUCAAGGCCAUCGCCCUCCUGUCCGGUCUGUUCGCCAUCAGCAUCUGGGUCAAGCGCUACAAGUGGGCCCCCAUCAAGUCCCGGAAGAUCGUGUACAGCCCCCCAUCGGUCCCCGCCGCUAAAUGUGAUGGCCACGAGGCCUGUAUGAGUUGGAAAAUGGAAGAGGCUGGCGAGGUUACGUGA